CCCCGCCCCCGCGCGGCGCUGCGGAACCGGAGCUCCGGGCGGCGUCGGCAGUGGCGCGGGAGGUGGCGAGGCCGGGGCGGCAGGAGCCGGAGCGGCUACCGCAGCGAGAGCGGCGGCGACAGAGCAGACCACAACGAAGGCGCACAGGCAGCUGAGCCGGGCCACGGGGAGAGCGGCCACCGGGAAGCGGGCAGGAGGCUGGGCGGGCAGCGGGCAGCUGCCGAGCCGCGAAGCGACAUGGUGCUGCUCAAGGAGUAUCGAGUCAUCCUACCUGUGUCAGUAGAAGAGUAUCAAGUAGGGCAGCUGUAUUCUGUGGCCGAGGCCAGCAAAAAUGAAACGGGCGGUGGCGAAGGCGUGGAGGUCCUGGUGAACGAGCCCUACGAGAAGGACGGUGAGAAAGGACAGUACACACACAAGAUCUACCACUUACAGAGCAAAGUGCCCACGUUUGUUCGAAUGCUGGCCCCGGAGGGAGCCCUGAAUAUCCAUGAAAAAGCAUGGAAUGCCUACCCUUAUUGCAGAACCGUUAUUACAAAUGAGUACAUGAAAGAAGACUUUCUGAUUAAAAUUGAAACCUGGCACAAACCAGAUCUUGGCACCCAGGAGAAUGUGCAUAAACUGGAGCCUGAGGCAUGGAAACACGUGGAAGCCAUAUACAUAGACAUCGCAGAUCGAAGCCAAGUACUUAGCAAGGAUUACAAGGCAGAGGAAGACCCAGCAAAAUUUAAAUCUAUCAAAACAGGCCGAGGACCCUUGGGCCCCAACUGGAAGCAAGAACUUGUAAAUCAGAAAGACUGCCCAUACAUGUGUGCAUACAAACUGGUUACUGUCAAGUUCAAGUGGUGGGGCCUGCAGAACAAAGUGGAAAACUUUAUACAUAAGCAAGAGAGGCGUCUGUUUACAAACUUCCACAGGCAGCUGUUCUGUUGGCUCGAUAAGUGGGUUGACCUGACCAUGGACGACAUUCGAAGGAUGGAAGAAGAGACGAAGAGACAGCUGGACGAGAUGAGACAAAAGGACCCAGUGAAAGGAAUGACGGCGGACGACUAAAGCCACCCUUCCCCCCUCUGCACUUUUUGCAAGACAGCGGUCAACAGGAAGGCCCGGCAGCUGCACCCUCCCAAGUGACAGGCCACCUUCGGACGCAGCCUUUCUGUGCCCAUUCUUCAGGCAACUUUGGAUCCCUCACUGUAGCUAAUUCUAGAUGCCCUUUAAUAUUGUGAACAAAUAGACCGUCUGGUGUUAUGAAGCCCCUGUGCGCAGGAGCCUGCUCCUCCGAGAUAUGUGGCGUGUAGGUGGCUGUAUUUACAGCUCCUCCCUCUCCAACCAUUGUGUUCUCAUUUUUCUGUGCCCCCACCCCCCUUAUGUCCAAGUGACAUUUUUAGUCUUUCAAAAUAGCUGCCUUUUGUGAUGUGGUGAUUUAAAUGAUUUAUGUUUGUUUGUUUUCAACCUUGGGAUAAACUGAGGUCUUUUGCUUCCUGGGCAGAUUUUUGUAAUUUGGAGUGCUCACCUGGGGAGAAGGGAUGAGUCAGAAAUACAGAUGUUUCCCCCCGCCCCGCCCCCCGUGGUUCCACAGCACAGCAAUGUGGCUUCGUAACUCUGAGCUCUGCUUCCAGUAACCCCUUGUUAGAGUGCUCUAGGCACCAUGAAAGUACCCAAGGCCCAGCCAGUCUCUGUUUCAAAAAUUAAGCAAAUACAAAUAACCCCUACCCCAGGCAUUGCAUUGCUGGUCACUAGCCCUAGAAAUACCUAAGGCUUCUUGGCCCUUCUGUUGCCCGCUCUUGUCUGAAUCUCCGCAGAGCCCAUAAUCUGCCCAGGUCAGCCCGCUACCUGGAGGGAACUGUGCAGUAUGGCCCUUAGAAUCGAGUCUGCUCCAUCCGUAGCUACUGGUCUGCCCCCGAGGAGCUCUGUAGGUCCAUACUCCUCCUCCCUUUUGGGCUGGUGCUGCCACUCAGCAAUAAUCGUCUUUCCUCCGUGCUUUCUUAGAUCCCUGUCCUCUGUCCGAGGCUGAUCAGGACACAAGAAGUCCUGCUCUCUUCAUGCUGCACAAAACAAGCAUGCAAAAGGUUUUUUUCCCAGAAUAUGUUACCCCUUGUCUCCAGUUGCUGGAAAGGAAUUUGGGGACCAAGAGCUGAGCUCGUCCUGCACCCACGCUGAGUUCUGUCCUGGACAAUCAAAAGCAAGUAGUGAUCGUAGAGCAGAACUCUACCAGAGCGGGCUGGUGAGAAGGCCCAGGCUCCAGGGGCCCAGAAGCUGCUGAGUGCGUCAUGGUGCCCUAUGACUUGGCGGAACCCGAAUAUGCCUUCCCAGUGGGCGAAUCUGAGAUAGCUGUGGUGCCACCUGACGUUUCCCAAACCCUGUGGAGUAUGUUGGCUGAGUGUGCAGUUACUCAAGCCCAUGCUAGCCUGGGUGCAGCUGCUAAGGAGAGAUCAAAUCUCUGUUGGGGCAGUGAGAAGUAGGAUGGCAUCGUGUGUCCUUAGGUUUUUGUCAGUUUGCCUUACUCAUGUCUAAGUGCAAUAAGGGAGCAUCUCACAGGAUGACACCCGCGACUUCCUGAUGGCUGCUUCCCUGUGCCCCUCUUGGGGGAAAGGUAGACAGACUCAGCAUAGUUAGCGCCUGCCUUCAUCGAGGCCCCUUGGGGACCACUGUCCUGUUACACCUUCCUUUUAGGCUCCUCACCUUGCGGGGUCUAUGGGGAGGUUCAGUUGGUCUUAGGCAUCCCAGCUGCUGGUAGCACUUAUGUGACUGGAGACGACGAAGAGGCAUUCCUACUGGAGAAAAAUGUAAAUGUUUUCCUACAAGCUCUGUAUUAGCUAUAAUUAUAUUUGUGCUUAAAGCUUUCCCUUCUUCAUUCAUCAACUAAGCGAAGUCCAGCCGUGGGUUAUCCUGGGAGAAACAGUGAUAUUCUAGGCAGACUCUUGUUGAUGUGGCUUGAGGGGCAGCAGAUGCUUGUCUCCUUUCAGCUCUUCUCUGAAAUCCAUGCGUAUCACUCCAGCUCUGGGGUGUCUCGCUCUUUUCUCUGGUUCCUUCCUCCUCCACCUGCUGUCCCAGUUCAAAAGCAUCUGCAUGAACUGAACCAGAAUUUCCAAAGGUCCGCUGGAUCUGGGGCUCCAGCCCACAUAAACUUGAGAAGGGAUGUCCCUGGUUUGUUCCAUCCCUACGGACAGUGUUGCUGCUGGGCAAUGGUGUUGGCUUCUUUUAAGUACCUUCCUUCCCUCCUUUCCACCCCUCAAACUGACUAGCACUCCGAGAGGCACAUGACACAAGGCUCAGCUCCACUGGUGGCAACUGAGGAUGUGCCAUGCCCCUUCAGACCAGCAGCUUCCAUUAGAGUUCCAGGGCCAGUAGUCCCAGUUGGAGGCAGCAGUGCCUCUGUAGGAGGGGUGCUGGGCUCUGGCCUUCUCAUGGAGAGCGGUUGGAGACAGGGUCAGUAUUGUGGGUACGCGUAUACCUUCCCAAAUUCUCUUACAGUCCCUGCUGGGACUCCCUGACUUAUUUUGGUUGGUUCCUAGUGCUACUUCUUUUACAAAAUACACUUUGUAGAACUGAUUAGAUUACCUUGUUUAUUUCAUGUGAGUUUGUGCCUUUUUGUCUCAAUCUUCCAGUACAGAUAUAUUGGGGGAAAAAAGCAGUCUAAUAAAAUCCUAGACAGAG